UCACUGAGAGGAACUCCAGACACCUACCCUGCCUGGGGUCCGCUUCAGUCUCUAACUUGGGUAGGGGCCGGGUCAAGGGGCAGAAUCUACACCUUUGGCUCCCACCCACCCUCCAGAGAGGCGGAGAAGCUCCGCAGGUCCCGUUGAGGGGUGGGUAAAAGGUGCUGCAGGGCAGCCCAAGAGGGGAAGGGGCGAUUAAAACAAAAACAAAAAACUACUCGGAUUAAACCGAGCGCGGGACUGGGAAACGUACAACAUGGGGAGAGGCGAUGAGCCUCCUAUAUAGCUUUCUCUCUCUCUCUCCCCCUCCCCUUCCCUUUCGUAGCUGCUGACGCGCUGGUGGCGCUUAUUAAUCAUUCACCAGCCCGGAGCGCGCCAGUUAAUGGCUGUGCGGCUCGGCUCCGGUCUCCGGCUUCCCCUCUCGGCGCCAGCGAGCGACCGGGCGCCCGGAGCGGCCAGAGGGGCCAUGCGCCCCGCGGGUGGGAGCCGCGCUCCCCGCAGCCGCCGUGCGCUCCCCUCCGGUGCCGGGCGGCGGUGAGCGGGCGGACGGCCAGGGCGCUGAGUGAGGGCGCGAGCGGCGGGGCCCGGGAGAACCCCCCAGCCCCGGCGGCCCCACGGCCGGCCCCCCACCCGCGGCGGAGAUGUUCCCCAAUGCCACCGCCUCCUCUCCCUGCUCUCCCAGCCCCGGCGCCGGCGGCUGCGGCGAAGGCGGCGGCGGCAGGGGCCCCGGGGCCGGCGCCGCGGACGGCAUGGAGGAGCCUGGGCGCAACGCGUCCCAGAACGGGACCCUGAGCGAGGGCCAGGGCAGCGCCAUCCUCAUCUCCUUCAUCUACUCCGUGGUGUGCCUGGUGGGGCUGUGCGGGAACUCCAUGGUCAUCUACGUGAUCCUGCGCUACGCCAAGAUGAAGACGGCCACCAACAUCUACAUCCUGAACCUGGCCAUCGCCGACGAGCUGCUCAUGCUCAGCGUGCCCUUCCUGGUCACCUCCACGCUGCUCCGCCACUGGCCCUUCGGCGCGCUGCUCUGCCGCCUCGUGCUCAGCGUGGACGCGGUCAACAUGUUCACCAGCAUCUACUGCCUCACCGUGCUCAGCGUGGACCGCUACGUGGCCGUGGUGCACCCCAUCAAGGCGGCGCGCUACCGCCGGCCCACCGUGGCCAAGGUGGUGAACCUGGGCGUGUGGGUGCUCUCGCUGCUGGUCAUCCUGCCCAUCGUGGUCUUCUCGCGCACGGCGGCCAACAGCGACGGCACGGUGGCCUGCAACAUGCUCAUGCCCGAGCCCGCCCAGCGCUGGCUCGUGGGCUUCGUGCUGUACACCUUCCUGAUGGGCUUCCUGCUGCCCGUCGGGGCCAUCUGCCUGUGCUACGUGCUCAUCAUCGCCAAGAUGCGCAUGGUGGCCCUCAAGGCCGGCUGGCAGCAGCGCAAGCGCUCCGAGCGCAAGAUCACGCUGAUGGUGAUGAUGGUGGUGAUGGUGUUCGUCAUCUGCUGGAUGCCCUUCUACGUGGUGCAGCUGGUGAACGUGUUCGCCGAGCAGGACGACGCCACUGUGAGCCAGCUGUCCGUCAUCCUGGGCUACGCCAACAGCUGCGCCAACCCCAUCCUCUACGGCUUCCUGUCGGACAACUUCAAGCGCUCCUUCCAGCGCAUCCUGUGCCUCAGCUGGAUGGACAACGCCGCGGAGGAGCCGGUGGACUACUACGCCACGGCCCUCAAGAGCCGCGCCUACAGCGUGGAGGACUUCCAGCCCGAGAACCUGGAGUCCGGCGGCGUCUUCCGCAACGGCACCUGCACGUCCCGCAUCACCACUCUCUGAGCCGGGCCCCAGGGGUGUGGGGGGGCGGGGGGA